AUGGGCAAGAAGCCGUUCCAACAUCCGCCCCAGCGUCCACGUCAGGACCAUCGUGGCGGGGGAAGUCUCGGCGGCAUGAUGGCCAACUUCAACAAUGUCAUGGAGGACGUCCAGAGCUCCGGUGAGAUGGCCUCCCUGGCGACGCAGAUGGCGCAGGCCAAGCAAGCGCGCGAGAGCGCUGCUGAGCACGGCCCCGCCAAGGAGCUGGCCCAGGCGUUGGCGGCCGUGGUUCGACCUGCGGCCGCGGCGGCACCGACCGACAGCCGGUUGGAGGGCACGGUGAAGCGCCUGGCGGAGUUCGCGCUGCCUGGCUCGGGGAUGUCUGGCCAUGCGGGCCCAGACGACCACGAAGUCAAGCGCCUGCGUGCCGAUCUAGAUGCUUUGACCAGCCGCGUGGACGCCCAGUCCAAGGACAUUUCUGAGAUCAAGGCAGUCAGCACCGAGAACCAGGUCGUAUGUAAGCAGACCCAGCACACGAUGGCGAAGCUCAUGGACAAGUUCGAUCGUAUCCAAGUCCCUGGUGGCGGCGGCCUUGGAGACCAUGCAGUUCCCCCAGCGGAGGAGGGAGCCCCCGACCCGUUCUUCCAGCCGCAGGUCCUCCUUGUGGCCCACACGGGGGUAGCGACGUUCCUCGGUGUCCAGAGCAACGCGCAGUUCAAGGGAAUGAAGUCCGUUUCCAAGCUUAAGAGCUUGGACCAGUGGAGGAAGAAGUUCGUUUCCCUGGGUUCCGUGAAUGAGGCCAUCCAAGACCUGGAUAAGGGUGGCAUCGGGACCUACCUCUUUCGCUUUCUGACGGCCGACGGCGAGAUUGCCGCCAACGCUCUACAGCCAGCCCCGCCUGCCGCCUGA